AGAAAAGAAGAGAGAGAGAGAGAGAGAACGUUUAGGCAGAGAGAAGAGGCAGGUAGGUGGACAGUCAUCUUUUUGUUUCUCCUUGUGGACACUUUAGCUUCUGUCUCUAUCUCUCUCUCUGGAUCUUUUGUCUUUCGAAGAUGUAAGAGAUCUUAUUAUUACCUUAAAAUAAUCGGUCUCUUUGUAAUAAUCUCCAUAGAUUUCUCUGUCUCUCCUCUCUAGCCGACUCCACAAAGCUUGAGCUGUCUUCUCAUACUAAGACGUGUGAAGAGCCUGUUUCUCUUUAAUGGCUAAAGUUUACUGGCCGUAUUUCGAUCCUGAAUAUGAGAACUUGAGCACCAGAAUCAAUCCUCCAAGUGUUUCUAUAGACAAUACUAGCUGCAAAGAAUGCACUCUUGUCAAGGUUGACAGUAUGAACAAACCUGGAAUACUACUUGAAGUUGUGCAAGUUCUAACCGAUCUCGAUCUCACAAUCACCAAAGCUUACAUCUCUUCUGAUGGUGGAUGGUUCAUGGACGUAUUCCAUGUCACUGAUCAACAAGGAAACAAGGUUACUGAUAGCAAAACCAUCGAUUACAUCGAGAAGGUGCUGGGACCAAAGGGCUAUGCUUCAGCUUCACAAAACACUUGGCCAGGCAAAAGAGUCGGUGUCCAUUCACUAGGCGACCACACAUCGAUCGAGAUCAUUGCUCGUGACCGUCCUGGUCUCUUAUCUGAGGUCUCAGCCGUACUAGCAGACCUCCACUUCAACGUGGUAGCAGCUGAAGCAUGGACUCAUAACCGUAGGAUCGCGUGUGUUCUCUAUGUGAAUGAUAACGAAACAUCUAGAGCCGUCGAUGAUCCAGAAAGAUUAUCUACCAUGGAAGAACAGCUCAACCUCGUGCUGCGCGGGUGUGAACAAGAAGAUGAGAAAGUUGCAAGGACGUGUCUCUCCAUUGGGUCUACUCACGUUGACCGUAGGCUUCAUCAGAUGCUUUUCGCUGAUAGAGACUACGAGGCAGUGACUAAGGUUGAUGGUUCCGUGCCAAAGAUCACGAUUGAGAAUUGCGAAGAGAAAGGUUAUUCUGUGGUAAACGUGAGUUGCGAGGACCGGCCCAAGCUCAUGUUCGACAUUGUUUGCACGCUUACGGACAUGCAGUACAUUGUGUUUCACGCAACGAUUACAUCGAGUGGUUCUCAUGCUUCUCAGGAGUAUUUUAUCAGACACAAAGACGGUUGCACUCUUGACUCGGAAGGAGAGAAAGAGAGAGUUAUCAAAUGUCUAGAAGCUGCAAUCCAUAGAAGAGUCAGCGAGGGUUGGAGUUUGGAGCUGUGCGCAAAGGACAGAGUUGGACUACUGUCGGAAGUGACUAGGAUUCUGAGAGAGCACGGGCUUUCAGUGACGAGAGCUGGUGUGACAACAGUAGGAGAACAAGCUGUUAACGUUUUCUAUGUGAGAGAUGCUUCAGGGAAUCCAGUGGACGUGAAGACAAUCGAGGCGUUACGCGGAGAGAUAGGACACAGUAUGAUGAUUAACGUGAAGAACAAGGUUCCAAGCAAGAGAUGGAAAGAAGAAGGUCAAGCCGGAACAGGAAGAGGAUGGGCCAAAACCAGUUUCUUCUUUGGGAACUUGCUGGAGAAGUUGUUGCCUUGAGGGGAAAGGCAACUCAUGUCAAUCAGAUUGCAUUGUGUUGAUAAAAUGUACUGUAAAAUGUGUAUUAUGUAUGAAUCUGUGAUGUAGAAGGUGUAGUGGGGUGUUUUGACUCGGUCAGAGAUUUUUGAGGUUUACUGGAAAUCAAACCGAACCAAAACCGGGUUUGUGGUUACCUAGUCAUAGUAUAUGACCGUGAAAUGCACCAUUUGAACAUGUCUAUAAUAGAAUAAUAUGGAACUUUUCCUA